CCGACUUUCCUCUUAACUUCCAUUCCACCCCCACACGUUUUCCGUUCACUAUAAAAACAAACCAAAACCGCCUUUAACACUACCAAAAUUCCUCCCUCCACCAUGAACGACCCAAAUAGACCACCAGUCACCGGUUACCCCGCCCCCACCCAACCCCCACCCCCGCAAAACCCUAACGGUUACACACAACCCCCACCAGGCACCGCCUAUCCUUACGCCGCACCACCACCUUCCUCCGCCGCAUACUACCACAACAACAACCCUUACUACCAACAACAACCUCCUCACCCUUACGCCGCCGUCGCUACCCAACGCGCCACCUUCCUCCGGCGCGUGAUCGCAAUCGCCAUAGCAUCCAUGGUCAUAACCGCCACAUUCGUAUUCAUCGUAUGGUUAAUCCUCCGACCAAAACUCCCCGAAUUCCGUGUCGACUCAUUAUCAGUAUCAAAUCUUAAUCUCAACAAUUCAUUAAUUUCCGCUAACUGGGACUUACGUUUUACUGUGAAAAACCCAAACAAGAAAAUGACCCUUUACUAUGAUGAGGUAGCUUUAGCUGUUUUUUAUGAUUACGAGUCGCUUUCGGACACGACGGUUGCUCCGUUUUAUCAGGAGAAAAGAGCGGAAACCGGUGAGAAAGCGAGUUUUGCUACGAAGGGUUCGUAUGUGAAUAAUCGGGUUUUUGAUGAUAUGAGUAAAGAAAGGGAGAGGAGAGGUGUGAUUGGGUUUAAUGUGAGAAUGUUUGCUAGGAUUAGGUUUAAAGCUGGUGCUUGGAGAGCUAGGAGAAGGUUUAUUAGGGUGUAUUGUAGAGGUUUGGAUGUUGGGGUCGGGUCGGGUAAGUCGUCCGGGAACUUGAUUGGCGGGUCACGACAAUGCCGGGUUGGACUGUGACAGUGAUCUUUGCUUAAGGUGAUAAUCUAUUGAUUUUUUGUAGGAGAAUUUAUAUUGGUUUAAGUUUAUUUUGUUAUUAUAGUGAAAAUCUGUUAAAUUUUUAGGAGCUUUAGAUUGUUUAGUUCAUGUGCAGUUUCUGUAUAUAUUUCUUUCUUCUCUACUAGCUGGUGCCUGGUAGAAGUUCAUUCUUGAAUUGCGACAAGUGUGUGAAUUUUAAUGCAGCACUAAUGUAGUUUCUAGA